UUGUUGAUGCAACAACAGAAGGACAACAUCAUCUGCAUUGCAACCGCCUCACGCACCACAUGCAAGAAAGAGAGCUGGCAGGCUAUUGCGCAUAGCGAUUUUAACUCUAUUGUACCCAAAAUGAGUAUCACAACAUUCAAAAACGUGAUGUACAAAGCUGGCUACACGCGUCAACGUCCAGGAUGGAAAAUGAGCUUGACACCAGAGCAAGAGCAGGAGCGUUACACAUGGGUGCUUGCUCACAACCCAGAUAAAGAGGUUGAAUAUGACAAUAACGGCUACAAUUUCACUCACGUGGUGUUUACUGACAAGAUGCCUGUGCACAUUGGCAAAGAACAAGGCAUGAUGAUAACAUGGUGUUGUGAAAGAGAGCGCUGGGAUGAUGACAUCAAGCACAAUUGCAACCGCAAGGACUGCUGCCUUCAGUUCUAUGCAGCUUUUUGCUAUGACUAUAAGGGCCCUUGUCAUGUUUAUUGUGAAGAAACUCACGCAGAGAAGGUUGCUGCUGCAGCUCACAUUCAGCAGCUCAAUGCUGAUCAAAAGACUCACAACAACAAGCUACAGAUCUAUGCACAACAGGCCUUGAACAACAUCUCACAGAGUGAUGUCAAU